AUGGGCUUUGAUUUUGGCUGUCUGUUAAAUCUGUGCAGCACAGUGCUGAAGAGGGGUGGAGCCCCGGGGUCAAACAACUACAUGGAAAUCGGACUGAACCUUAUCAAGAUUGCAGCCCCGUAUGUUGUCCAGUAUCUUGGCCCUGUGCAACGCCCACCGAGGGUUGACGUUGAGGAGGCCUUCCAGCAGGCGGAGGUGACGGAGGGUUUUAAGCCGUGGGAGGCACCAACCCAUGUGAGCGGCACCUUUCGUGCCCUUUUCAUCGGCAUCAACUACUACGGCACCAGUGCCGAGCUCUCCGGUUGUUGCAAUGAUGUGAAACAAAUAAUCGCCACACUACAAAGGAAAAGAAUUCCCAUCGACGAGAUGAGCAUACUUGUGGAUGAGAGGGGGUUCCCGGGGGCCAACGGCCUCCCCACACGUGACAACAUUGUGCGCUACAUGGCGUGGCUUGUUAAGGGUGCAAAACCGGGUGAUGUGCUCUUCAUGCACUAUUCCGGUCACGGCACGCAGACUCGUGCAACGAGCGACACGGAGGAGAAAUUUGAUCAAUGCCUUGCCCCCGUCGACUUUUCGACUAAGGGCUGCAUUCUUGACAACGACAUUUUCAGAAUUCUUCUCCCGCGAUUGCCACAAGGAGUGCGACUCACUGUCGUAUUUGACUGCUGCCACUCUGGCUCCAUGCUUGACCUGCCGUACACGUUUUUGGGCAGCAGGAGUUUGCGCAGCAGCGUCGCCGGUCACAUGCAGCGUAUUCGCAGGGGAAACGACUGUGCCGGGGAUGUGCUGAUGAUAUCCGGUUGUGCUGACGAGCAGACGUCCGCUGACGUGAGCAACGCGGCCACAUUUGGAACGGGCGCGUCGGGUGCUGGUGGGGCAGCCACACAGUGUCUGACGUACACAAUACUCAAAGUCAGUAAUCUGUCGUACCAAGAUAUGCUCAUUGCCACCCGUGACAUGCUGAGAAGAAAGGGAUUCACUCAGGUGCCUCAGCUGAGUGCAUCCAAGCCAAUCAAUUUACAGCAGAAUUUUUCGCUCAUGACGACGUUUGAGGUGGAUCCAGCCGUCGCCACAUGA